AUGCUUGCUUGCCGCCAUGGCCAUGGCCACUUGAAGCUCAAGCUCUCCACUUUCUCUGCUCUCAUAGAUCAAUGCCUAUAUCUCAACCCCCACAACGCCUUCCUCUCCGCCGAGUCCAUCCAUGCGCUUCUCAUCAAGCUCGCCUUUCAACGCCACACAUUCCUUGCCAACCGCCUCCUCUCCCUCUACUCCCGCUCCGGCGCCGUCGAUCGUGCGCUCCGUGUUUUCCAAGAAAUUCCAAUCAAGAACACCUUCAGUUACAACACGCUGCUAGGGGCGCUCUGGAAAGCCGGGCUUGCUGAGCUUGCGCAGCACCUGUUUGAUGAAAUGCCGCAGAGAGACUCAGUGAGCUGGAAUUCAAUGAUUUCAGGUUAUGCAGCGAGUGGAAUGGUUGCAAAGUCUUGGGCUUUCCUUCGCCGAAUGCAAGAGGAUGGAGUGAGAGCCAGUGCAUUCACUUUCUCCAUCGCUGCCUCCUUUGUCACCUCUGAAUGGCAUUGCAAGCAAGUGCAUGCGGCCGUUGUCCGAAAUUGCUUUAUUUCAUUGAACACUGUUGUUGGGAACUCCCUCAUUGAUAUGUAUGGGAGGAUUGGCUUUGUGGAUUAUGCUUGUCAUGUGUUUCAAGGCAUUGAAAAACCCGACAUUUUGUCGUGGAACUCUAUCAUCGCAGUUUGCGGAAGGUCAGGGCAUGAGGAUAGAGCGUUGGCUUGGUUUAAAUUGAUGUUGGUCUCUGUAUUCUUGCCUGAUGAGUUCACGAUGUCAGCUCUUAUCAAUGCUUGUGGUGACCUUGGAGAUAUAGCUAAGGGUGAGCAACUCUUGGCCCGGUGUUUUUCAUUAGGGUGUAUUGCAAACUCUAUAGUUUGUAGUGCUGUUAUUGACAUGUAUUCAAAAUGUGGCAGACUGUAUGAUGCAGUUCAGUUGUUUGAAGAGAUGACAGUGUGGGAUUCAGCUCUCUGCAAUUCUAUGAUCUCGGGUUAUGCUCGAAAUGGGCUUGUGCUUGAAGCACUGAAGCUUUUUGUUUUGGCGCUGAAGAAGGAGAUACGUCCAACUGAGUUCACAUUCGCAAGCAUUCUCGGUUCAAGUUCUUGUUUCGGCUUGAUGGAGCAGGGAAUGCAAAUACACUGUUAUGCUCUUAAGUCAGGUUUCGAGGCAGAGAUGGUAGUUGCUAGUGCGCUUCUGGACAUGUAUAUGAAAUCUGGUUCAUUAGAUUCUGCUAUUAGAGUCUUUUCAUCGAUGGAUGCCAAAGACUUGGUUUCUUGGAAUGCUAUGAUCAUGGGCUUAGCUCAACAUGGGCAAGGAGUGGAAGCUUUGAAAAUGUUUAGGCAAUUGCAAGUUCAUGGUCUUCAGCCAGAUAGAAUUACAUUGCUUGGUGCUUUAUCUGCUUGUAGAUAUGAAGCUUUGAUUACUGAAGGGAAUGCUCUGUUUUCAUCAAUGGUGGAGAAAUAUGGAAUUGUCCGUGAUAUUGAACACUAUGCUUUGAUGGUUGACAUGUUCGGACAAGCUGGAAUGCUUGAAAAGGCGAUAAAUAUUAUCGAGACUAUGCCUUUCAAGCCUGAUGAAUCAGUUUGGGGGUUGCUUCUCGAGACUUGUAGAAUUCAUGGAGAUCUUGUAUUUGCUGAAAUGGUUGCAAAGAAGGCAUUGGAAUUAGAACCUCGCUUUGCACUUCCUUAUGUUGUAUUAGCUAAAAUAUAUGAAACAAGAGGAAAGUGGGAGAGCAUGGUUCGAUUGCGGAGAAGCAUGAAAGAUAGAUGUGUGAUCAAGGUCAGAGGACACAGCUGGAUAAGCAUCAAAAAUGAAAUCUUUGUUGCUAAAUCUAGACAGAUACUGCACUUUGAAGGUGAAACUAUUUACACAAUACUGAAUUUAUUGCUUUUAGACAUGAAAAGGCAAGGCUAUGUUCCUGAGCAACACGAAAUAUUUGAAAAUGGAGAAGAGUGA